AUGUAUGUGGCUGCGAGUGGCCCCGGCCCCAAAGCAAAGCCUGUUGAGUGUCCCUGCACUAAACUUCUUCUCCUGCGUCGACAGGAAGUGGUGGAUGCUGUCGGUGCAGGUGUGGAUCCCAGCAGCAACGACACUUUCGUCAGCCAGUGGGAUCUCGCCAGUGCCUUUUUUUUCUCAGGGACCAUCAUCACAACCAUCGGUUUCGGAAACAUCUCCCCCAAGACGGAAGGAGGGCAGCUGUUCUGCAUUUUCUACGCCCUGGUGGGAAUCCCGAUGUUCGGUAUCCUGCUUGCUGGAGUCGGAGACCAUCUGGGUACUGGGCUGAGGAAAACUGUUGCCAAAAUAGAGACCCUCUUCCUGAAAUGGCGAAUUAGUCCAACCAUCGUGCGAGUGAUCUCAGCCGUCCUGUCCAUCCUACUGGGUUGCCUGCUCUUUGUCGCAGUGCCUAUCCUGGUUUUCCAAGAGGUGGAGAAGUGGAGUCUUCUGGAGUCGGCAUACUUUGUAGUUAUCACCCUGACAACAGUUGGGUUUGGAGACUAUGUUGCAG